AUGGCACAUCAUGCAGAAAAGCCACCUUGGGAGGCUCUCGCCUCGGUAUUUGAGCUGAGACGUACCAAUCCUUGUCAACAUGGCGCGUACAACCUUCACGCCCGUAUACAACCAGACAGCAAAACAAAACUCGCCAACUUUGUUCAAAUCUUUAUGCAGAGUCUCGCUGAAGAUGCAGCUCAACAACGCAAGCAGUAUCCAGAGAAAUACGACGUCCCCGACGAGAAUGAAGUAAUCAUUUCAGAUGAAGCGGCAACCAAAAUUGAAUCAACAGUCUGGCGGUGGCAUCCUGAGGAAUAUUGGCCAGAUGAUGAUGACGACCUCGAUGUCUUCAAACAACCAACUGCUGGAAAAUUAUGCCCUCAUAUAGACGAGUCUGAUAAGUGCGGAUGCGUCUUGCCCUUCAGAGAACGCAAGAUGUCUGCGUUCCAGCGACAGCAAAUCCCCAACGACUGUUACGAGUUUGAUACAUACAACCUCGAAUCAUUCCGCAAUGUCGAAGUUGUUAAGACUUUAAUACUCCACGGAGAGAUGGACCCAAUACUUCGUUCAUGCGCAUACGAAGGUUCUCAUCUAGCGAAAUGGUGGGAGCAUCAAGAAUGCCAGUGCACAUCAGCGACUCUCGGAUGGAGAAGAAUAUGUGGAAAUGGAAUCAAGAUGUACAUGAUACUCAACCUUCUACGCUACUUUCCCCAAACAUGGGAUGAGAACGGAUCCCCUGUUGACGAUUAUCGCAAGUUGAGGGCAUACCAGCAAGCAGCCCGAUGGUGUACAGAAUCUGGAUAUAAAAGCGAUAUCGCGACAUACCCACAUAGGGACUUUCUUGGUAUCAGGAAAAACCAGUUCAGGUGUUUUCCUCGACCCCUUGAUGUCUCCCGUUGGAAACACGUUAUGAGGUUCGAUCAAUUUGGUUUUGAAAGAUAUCAGAAGGGUUUGACCUAUUUCGACGACUCUGAUUAUGAACCGAUUACCAUAUCUAGCGGGAAACCUGGCAUCAAGUCGGGCGAAGAGUCUGAUGACGAUUCUGAAGCCGAAUCUAGUGAUGAUUCAAGCGAUGAAUCCAGUGCCGAAUCCAGUGGUGAGUCCAGUGAUGAGUCUGAAGAGGAAGAUCCUGAAGAGAUCAGAAAUCGCUUCUAUAAGCUCGAGUUCUAUCCAUAUGGUCUCAUGUCCUACGAAGACUUCCUCAACUUCGAAAAGCCUAUGGGCUUCCAACCUCUCCCAUCAGAUAUAAAACACGUCCGCUGGAUCCUCUGUCAGCAAGGCCUUCCAGUCGAAUUGUCCGACUGUAUCCUCGAACACGCUGAUUACAUCCCUCGAGGAAGACUGCCAGUACCUGGAAAACCACUGCAUCCUCAAUGUACGGAUGAACUGGGCCGCUACCUUGAACAUUGCUGGCAACUUAUUGUUAGAUGCUACAUGUUAGGUCAUGAACUCAGAGAUAAGAUGGACAUUGAGGCUUUUGUACGGGAAGAGGUGAAAGAUUUCGUCUAUGAGCUGUUCAAGUGUGAAUGUGAUGGUGCGUACGAGCUUCUUUAUGGGUUUGAUGCGGAACCCCCCGAGGACUCUGAGGUUGAGAGUUAGACAAUGGGGCACCUUCUUUCAAUUAUGUAUUAUGUUAAUCUCUUAGCGCCUUGUCUGUUGUUUUCUGUACAUUGCGUUUGCGGGAAGUUGAGAGAGUGGGAAAAUGACUAGAUGACCAAAGUAGUCAGAUACC